AUGUCUUCUGAAGGCCAAGCGUCUAAUAAACCACCAAAGCCCAGUAAAGAUUCUUGUUGGGCAUAUACUGAGCGGGUUGGUAAUGAUGCUUUAAAGGUCCCCGAAGAUGUGAAGAAAAAAGUAAAUGAAAUCAUUGAUAAUGCCAAGAAGAAUAAGGGUGCAAAGGAGUUGAAAAUGCGAGAUUUACUCGAUGAUGUUCAUAUAUGGGAGGAAGAGAGAUAUGAAGGGAGUGUGACCGCAUCUACUGAGAGUCAGAGAAGCUCAUCAUCAUCCUCCUUCAAGACGAAAGGGCUAAUGGACGCUUUUGCAGGCUGCACUCAUAAGGAGUCAGCCGAAGUAGUAUUAAAAAUAAAACAAGCAGUGAUGGACAUCAAGUAUAGGAAGAAGGCAAGAGAUGAUGUGAACAGGUACAUUGGGGGAUGGUUCUAUGAAGCCGGCAUCCCUUUUAAUACUUUAAGUAUUCCUUCUUUCAUACAAAUGGUGCAGGCUAUUGGAAAGUUUGAAGCCUUCUUGGAUGCUCCGACACCAUAUGAAUUGAGGGAGACUAUUCUGCAAAGAGAGGUGGAUAAGACAAGGGAGAUCAUUAAAAAAUUUAAGAAGAGUUGCGCACUUAACGGAUGCUCCAUACUGACUGAUGCUUGGAGUGAUAGGAAAAUGAGAAGUAUUAUGAAUAUUGUUGUCCAUUCAGAUGGAGGAACAACAUUUUUGGGUUCAUGUGAUACAUCGGGAGACAAGCAUGAUGCGAAUUAUAUAUGUAACUAUGUGGAGAAAACAAUUGAAGAGUUGGGGGUGCAAAAUGUCGUGCAAAUUAUCACAGAUGGAGCUUCAAAUAACAUGGCAGCCGCAAAAAGCUUAGCAAUUAAGAAGCCAAAUAUAUUUUGGACAACUUGUGUGGCACACACUAUUAAUUUGAUGUUAGCCGAUAUAGCCAAAAUAAGACCUAGUGCAAUUGCAAUGGGAAGAACUGUGUCAGUGUACAUCUAUAGCCACACGAAAUCUCUUCAUGUGAUGAGAGAAUUUGCAUGGGGGGACCUUAUUAGACCCGGGGUGACACGAUUCGCUAAGGCAUUCCUUGCUUUGGAGUCAUUAAAAGAUAAAAAGAAAGUUGCCGAGAUUAUUCAUAGCAACAAGUUUUGGGACAACGUUGAUCUUGCAUUUACAGUUUUUUCUCCUUUGGUGAAGGUUCUAAGGAGAAUAGAUGGUGAUAAAAUCACCUCGAUGGGGUUUGUGUAUGGAAAGAUGAUGACGGCUAAGGAGGAGAUCAAAGAGGCAUUUCAAGAUGAAGAGAAGAAAUAUCUUCUUAUAGAGAAGAUUAUUGAUAAGAGAUUUGAUGCCAAGCUUAAAGAACCAUUCCAUAAAAAAUUGAAAGGGAUGGAAGUUUCUUGA